UACGAACAACCAAUCGAACGGAACGAAGAAGCCCUGCGGAACCCUAUAUAAACACCGCAACAUCACUUCAAACCGACACGUUCUUACGCAAUUCUCUCAGAUCUUUCAUCUCCAUCACAGUUUUCAUUCAAUUCUCCACGCCUUUUCUUCAUUUUGAGUUCAGUUGUACAAUCUUUAGUGUGAACUCAUGGGGACCGUUGAAGCUGCAACCAAGCAAGCAAUUGAAAGUACUCUUGCUCAAAAGAAGCCCAAGGUUGUAUUUGUCCUAGGAGGCCCAGGCAGUGGAAAGGGUACACAAUGUGCAAACAUCGUCGAGCAUUUUGGAUAUACUCAUCUUAGUGCCGGAGAUCUUCUUCGUGCAGAAAUAAAAUCCGGCUCUGAAAACGGGACCAUGAUUCAGAACAUGAUCAAGGAGGGAAAGAUUGUACCAUCGGAAGUAACAAUCAAGCUUCUUGAAAAAGCAAUCUUGGAAAAUGAAAAUGACAAAUUUUUAAUUGAUGGAUUCCCACGUAAUGAGGAAAACCGUGCAGCAUUUGAGGCUGUCACUGGAAUUUCACCCGAGUUUGUUCUCUUCUUUGAUUGCCCUGAGGAAGAGAUGGAGAAGCGACUUUUGGGUCGCAAUCAGGGUAGAGAAGACGAUAAUAUCGACACCAUCAGGAAGCGCUUUAAAGUUUUUCUGGAAUCAAGUCUUCCAGUUAUCGAAUAUUACAACUCUAAGGGGAAGGUCCGAAAGAUUGACGCUGCCAAACCUGUUGGAGAAGUUUUUGAAGCAGUCAAGGCUCUGUUCACUCCAGUGGAUGAGAAGGCUGCAGCUUAGGUGUUGCUCUAACAUCUUUGAUCUCGUCUUCAACUAAGUUGUGUUGAUACUUGGUGUGGGGAUGAGAAGUUUGGUUGAUUAUAUGUAUUUUUACGUUUUUAAAAGUUAAUUGAUCAUCAUCAUAUCGUAUGGUGUCGAAUAGGUUAGAAGGGUAUUUUGUGAUUAUUUCUACCACUAUUUUUACCAUUCAAACAGUAUACCGCGAUGUUAAAGUGUCUCGUACUCGUGUUAUUCUCUAUUGAAAUUGCUAGUAAUAAAAUAUAUCUUAUUAUUGUUGUUACA